UAGUCGGCAGCACGAAGUGUGAUUUAUUGAAAUCGAAGUCGAGUCCGGUUUUAUUAUCAGAUCAACAUGUCGCAGGUAAAGAGUCCACUGAAGAUAAUCCGGUCUACUUCCGAGGACCAACUAGUCCAGGUGCUAGCUGACCUUCUGAAGCGCUGCUCCCAGGAGGCGUUGGCCAGACAGGAUAAGUUUAACGUGGGACUUUCAGGUGGAUCACUUAUCCAGUUGCUGACUAAGGCCCUAAAAUCGGCAAAUUUGAAAACUACCAACUGGGUGUUCUUCUUCUGCGACGAGCGAUAUGUUCCCCUGGACGAUAGUGAUUCCACCUACGGAGCCUAUAGAGCCGAAUGGCUAACACAUUUGCCUGAAAUCAAGGAAUCCCAAUUCGUCCGGGCCGAAACAACCAAGUCGCUAGACGCCUGCGCCGCUGACUAUGAGGCGAAAGUUAAGAAACAAGUAGAUCAGUUCGACCUCCUGCUGCUGGGCAUGGGUCCCGAUGGUCACACCUGUUCCCUCUUCCCCGAGCAGCCAUCUACACUCCAGGAGUCAGAGAGACUGGUCAUCCCCAUCCGAAACUCACCCAAGCCGCCGCCCGAGCGGAUCACCUUCACCCUGCCGCUGAUAAAUAAGGCCCGGGAUGUUGCCUUCGUUGUAACGGGCGCUGGAAAAGCCAGUGUCGUUAAGAGCGUGUUUGUCAAUCAGGACAAAAAGUUUCCUGCUGCUUGGGUGAAUCCCACAAAAGGACAGUUGACGCUAAUUGUGGAUGCGGGAGCUGGAAAAGAAAUUUAAGCCUUAUCAUGACAUUCCCUAGAGUACUAAUGAAUCUUGUAAUUAAUGAUAUUUUUGAUACAAUUGUAUUUUAUUACUUGAGCAAGGGCGAAAGCUGUGGCGGGUAGACAAAAAUGUUAUUACUCCUGUUGAGUGAAUUUUCUUAAUAAAAAAUUUCGAGAUA